AUGCCUUACAAAAAUAAAAAUAGUGCCCGAGCGCAGGAUCUGCCUCUAAGUCCUAAAUACUACCAGAGGCUUAAUCCAGAUGCCCUACUGGCCACGGUAAGUGAGUAUCUGGCGUUGGCACCUCAUCAACCUGAUUGCAGGCUAGCAGCCUCAACUGACCUACCUAAUCCUUCUGCUGCUAUGCCAGGUGCUGGGCAGCGCUCUGAUUGUCUCGAAGUGGCACUGCAUCGUUGCUUAGACGUCGUAAGCGAGUUUAUCACGGUGUCACAUGUUGCACCAGGUCUUCUGCCAGGACUUUACACUCUUGCUCGCCUAUACUAUCUGGUAGGCGAAGCAACCAGCGCUCUUGAUGCAUGCAAGGCCUGUCUUGAGCUGGAUGCAAAUUUUAUAGAGGCCCAUCUCCUAAUGGCAGAGGUAGGAAUAUUUAAAUGCCAAACGACUUUUGGUAAAGUUAAAAUGAGAUAUGUAAUCAAAUAA